ACGAUGACUCAGCUUCAAAAUAUCUCUCUCAAUCCCGCUCCUUAUCCUCUUUCUCCUCCUCUCCAAGCCGCUGGCAAUGGCGACCCUUGAGACCGCGCUCUCCAUCUUCUCCGGACGAUCGUCGUCGUCGUCAUCGUCGUCGUCUCCUCUCCACUCCCGCUCCCCUGCGCCCGCCAAGCCGCCGUCGGGUUCCCUCAAGCUUCGGUUUUCUCCGGCGACUCCGCCUCCGCGGCCGUCGAGCUCGCUUCGCGGGCGGCUUCUUCUUCGUCUUCUUCUUCGCGUGCCUCGCGACGAGCGAGCCGGGAAACCAUGCCUCGGGCCGUGCUUCGCGGUCCAAGAAAUGGCGGCCGAGAGCGAGGCCGAGGCCGAGGCCGACGAGGAAACCCAGGAGCAGAACAUCAAGAAGAAGCUCUACGUGGUCAAUUUGCCCUGGUCGCUCUCCGUUCAAGACAUCAAGAACCUGUUUGGCCAGUGUGGCACUGCCAAAGACGUCGAGAUUAUAAAGCAGAAGGAUGGAAGAAGCAGAGGUUAUGCUUUCGUGACAAUGUCUUCCGGGGAAGAAGCUCAGGCUGUCGUUGAGAAAUUCGAUUCAUUUGAAGUCUCUGGGAGGAUUAUUAGAGUAGAGUUUGCAAAGAGAUUUAGGAGACCUCCUCCUCCGCCUCCACCUAAUGUUCCCCCUGCUAAGGAGACCCGUCACAAGCUUUAUGUGUCUAAUUUAGCUUGGAAAGCUAGAUCGACCCAUCUUCGAGAAUUGUUUUCAGAGAACUUUAAUCCCGUGUCGAGUAGAGUGGUUUUCGAAAGCCCUUCUGGUAGAUCUGCUGGCUAUGGAUUUGUGUCGUUUGCCACAAGGGAGGAAGCUGAGGCAGCAAUUUCUGCAUUGGAUGGAAAGGAAUUGAUGGGUCGUCCACUUCGUCUAAAAUUUAGCGAAAGGAAUCCUGCCGAAUCUGAAAGUGGAAAUGAAGGGGAGGGAACUUCCGAGGAUCAGCCUGAUAACUCAUGAACUGCUUUGCUGAUAUGACAUUCAAAGAUCAUCAACCUGCAAGCUCUAUUUACAUCUCUUGCAAAUAUAGGACAGAAUUUCCUUCGUCUGUGCAUUUUAUAGACUCAUCCAAUCUUGUAUGGAAAUGUUGCUCAGAGAAGUUGUGAUUCUUUAGUGUUUCCUACUUUCUUUUGCUUACAUUAACAACUUAAGCUGGGAUCAGGGCAGUGCAGAUUCCUCUAUUCUAGACCGCAUUUGUUUGUAAAUCACAUGAAAUUUGGUUCUUCGAUGUAAGGAGAUCCCGUACGCUGGAACCUGGCCAUCUUUUUAGUCAGAGUGUAGAUUUGUCGGCAUUUUUGACAUUCUAAUGGAUUCUUCUUUGCUCGAA